GACUUUGGGUGGAUGACUGUUACAGUUUCCAUGGAUCUUACAGAGGACAUGUUUGCUGAGCGGGAGCCGUACCGGAUUGUCUGUGAGCAGCUGAUCGCCAAUCAGACCAAUCAGACUCUAGAUGCCGGACGAAUCUAUUGUGAUAUGCAGUGGGAUGGAUUGUCGUGCUGGCCGGCUACCCCUGGUGGUCAGUACUCCAUAAUAGACUGUCCCAUCAUGGAUCGUAUCGACAUAACAAAAAAUGCCAGUAAGUUUUGUCAAGCUAACGGUUCAUGGGAGAGGUUGGCCAACUACAACAACUGUAUAGCUGCUCUGUCUAAUCACCCGGAGGACGAUUGGACCUCCAAGGAACUGGAUUCGGACUAUGCCAAACGUAUUAUAUAUAAUCUUGGAUUUAUUAGUUCUACUCUCACACUCGGCAUCGCCCUGUUUAUCUUCUUAUACUUCAGGAGUCUGCGUUGUUUGCGGAACAAGAUACAUUGUCAGCUCAUUAUCACAUUUAUCCUGCGGAACUUACUGUGGAUUCUUAUGCAGCAUACUCUUAUACCAAUUGUCUCUACCGAUCACAAGUGGGCGUGCAAGCUGGAAACAUCAAUCUUUAAUUAUGUACAGAUGACAAACUUCUUUUGGAUGUUGGUUGAAGGAAUGUACCUUCAUAUCAUCAUUGUAUGGACUUACUCCGCGGACAAAAUCAAACUCUGGUACUUCAUGGUCAUUGGCUGGGGGAUACCAGCCAUAAUCAUUGUUAUCUGGGUUUCACUUAGAAUCCAUUUUCAACACAAUUUAGACGACAAAUCUCAUUUACUAGCGUGCUGGAUGUCAACAAAUGGCAGUGCUGCUUACGUUGACCAGUUAGACUGGAUUUACAAUGGUCCAAUACUCUUUGUUCUUGCUACAAACAUGCUGUUUUUAGCUACAAUCAUAUGGGUAUUGGUAACGAAACUACGAGCUUCGCAUAGUUUGGAAACGCGGCAGUUACGGAAAGCCGUGAAGGCCACCCUCCUUCUGUUUCCGUUACUGGGUAUCAUAUACGUCCUCUUCAUCUGGCCGAUAAGCGAUGCCCCUGCUGUCAUCGAAGCUCACGAGUUCAUCAACGCUGUGUUGCAAUCAUUCCAAGGUUUCUUCGUGGCCCUUUUCUAUUGCUUCCUGAAUGGAGAGGUCAAGGCAGUGUUAAAAAAAAAAUUCAGUGUGUACCAGGACUCGCGUUCCCUUAGUGCUCGCUAUACAAAAUCCACCAUUGGCUGGGCAAACGACACUAGCAUAGGGCCAAAAGAAGGCAUAGUGUUGACAAACGGACACCUGUCUCCGAAAAACAACGGUGCCCGCCAAGGAAGUCCAUGGAAUACGCCAACCAUUGAGCACCAGCCCGAGGAAACAGAAAAUAUGCUCUGAAGCUGUUGUUAGACUAUGUGGUAUUAAACAUACAUACUCUUUAUGACGUAACGAAGCAGUGACAAUACUGGCUCAGCAUAAGGAAAUAACGGCGUUAUUGCGCGCCAAAGUGUUAUCCCGAGCUUUGGCAUGCCAUAAUGAGAAAAACAAACGGCGUCGUCUUUCUCUAGGACAUACGACAAACGUUAUUUAUACGGAAGAAAAUAACGUUAUCCUUGGCUAGGGUAUGCCACCUCGGUGAUUCAUACGAACAAAACUAUACUUCUUUUUGCUUCUGUAAACCAUAAGGGGUGAAUUGAACAAACAAUGAAACGUUGUCCUUUCCUCAAUCAAUUAAUUAAGGUGAUAACCAACGUUAAUUCUAGCCAGGGGAUGCCUCAAUCGGUAAUGGAAAGGAUCAAAAAUUAGUUUCCUCAAUUGGUUGAUGCUUCUUUGGGUAAAUGAACGGACAAAACAAUGGUUUUCCUAGCUAGGGUGUGCUGAAAUAAGAAAUUGAACAGAACAAAUAACGUUUUCUUUAGAAAGCACAUACCACGAAGGGAAAUGAAAAAGAAAAGAUUUUCCUCAGAGAGUAACAAAUUUACAAACAAUGUUUCCUAGUUAGGGCAUACCACAGAGGGUAAUUGACAUGACAAACAACAUUUCCCUAACUAGGAAAUUCUGCCACGAAAACGUGAAGACAAGGGUUCCCUUCGCUUGGGCAUGUAGUUGUGGUUAAUCUUACAGAGAAAACAACAUGGCUCCUACCUAGGAAAUACCAUAUCUGGUAAUUAAACAAACAGUACAAUGUUUUCCCGAGCUAGAACAUGAUGUAAUGGUGAAUAAAACAGGCAAAACAACGUCAUGUCGACCUUAGACAUGUCAAAUUGUUUAGCAAGUGUUUAUCUAGAAAACGUUAUCAGUGUACUGGAAAGUUCAAACUCUAUCCCUAAAGGAAGAAACUAUUUUGAUUACAUGACCUUCAGAGUACAUUUCAGGAGUGUUCGUGAUAAAACUUUGAGUUGUUGAUAUAUUGUUUACUCAUAUCGACAGAUAUAGUUAUACAAAUAUGAGUCCAUACUCCGUUAGCUGGUCCAGACAUUCAACAUUCUGGAUUUUCUAUUCGGAAUUGUAAAAUUCCUUGUUUUCCUGAUUCCGGAUUAAUUCCGGAUCCGUUCGCAAAAGGUUCAGUCGUAUCCGAAAGAGGACUGUUUUGUGUAGUAUUAUGUUGCAUGUGCUGCGGCUGUUUCUAGUUUGUCAAGGGCAGAAGGAAGCUGACCUUCCCAUCAUAUAUAUGCAUAAUACAUAGUUUUCAAACAACAAAUUUAGUUACGCCGCUUACGUCAUAGUGAUCACUACGUCAUAUUGUCAUCAUCGACAUAACUGUGAUUGAUCUGUACUCGUAUUCGUCGGUUAUAAAUGUUUGUCAUAGAAUACGCAUGCGUUGUACUGACGUGUUCUGCGUUCCGUCUUUUGUGGCAUGAGAGCUCUUAGCGACGUGUGAUAAAGUUUAGAGUAGUUUUACGUUAGGUCGGAUAUUGCUUCAGUAUUUGUUUCAACAGCAUCGAUUGCAAUCCCACAAUUGAUUUAAAUUAAUAAUCAUAUCUGUAUAGCAUUACAAAAUAUUAAGCACACCCUGAAGGAAUAUACCGGAAAACAUGUUCUUUAAAUGUUUGCUAAGUGAAAUAAUGCAUCAUAUCAUUUAGAAAUUGAAUG